GGUGUGUGUGUGUCGUCUGUCGCUGACGAUCGCGGCGCGCUCUCACUGUUUCUGCUUUUCUGUCGGCUUCAGGUUAUAAUUAUAAACUAAAUAACUUUAAACAUUAUUUACAAAUUUUGUGUAUUUAACUAUAAGCGAGGAAAAAGUAAACUUUCUUACAAAGUUUCGAAAGAAACACUUUAAUAUGGUUCUAACAAAGGAAUAUCGAAUUUGUAUGCCCCUCACUGUCGAAGAGUAUCGAAUUGGCCAGCUUUACAUGAUUGCUCGACACAGUCAUGAACAAUCUGACCACGACGAAGGCGUAGAAGUCGUGGAGAAUUGCGAGUGUGAGGAUCCCACACAUGGAAAGGGUCGAUACACAGAAAAAAGAAUCCAUCUCUCGAGCAAACUGCCGUACUGGAUACAGUCAAUAAUCCCAAGGAUAUUUUACGUUACCGAAAAGGCGUGGAAUUAUUAUCCAUUCACAAUAACGGAGUAUACUUGUUCAUUCAUUCCCAAGUUUCAAAUUUACAUUAAAACACGGUAUGAGGAUAACAAUGGUUCCACUGAGAAUUGUUUAGGUUUAUCACCCGUAGAACUUGUGCAUCGAGAACUCGAUUUUAUAGAUAUUGCAUAUGACGAAAUAACUGCCAAGCAUUAUAAAGAGGAGGAGGAUCCAAAGUUCUUCCAAUCGAAACUAACUGGUCGAGGUCCGUUGAUAGAAGGGUGGAAAGACACAACACAACCAAUUAUGUGCUCCUACAAAGUGGUGAAUGCUUCCUUCGAAGUUUGGGGAAUGCAGACUCGAGUUGAAGACUUUGUCCAACGAUGUAUUCGAGACAUUCUGCUGCUCGGCCAUCGUCAGGCGUUCGCUUGGAUCGACGAGUGGCACGACAUGACUCUGCAGGACGUGAGAAAGUACGAGGAGAAGAUGCAGGCUGAAACGAAUGAGAAAGUGCAGGCCAAAAUUCAAGGAUUAGAGGUAAAGACUGAAGAAUCGAUUCCCCCUUCGCCCACCAGCUCCAUUCCAUCUUCUCCGACGUGCAAGAGUCCGACCCAAGCGAGUGCUCGGUCCUGGUUCUCCUGGUCGUAGCCUUCCGCCGGUGAAUCCUGAAUCCCCACUCGUCUAGAUUAAAACAAAAGGAUGGUAUUCACUCCCCAAUGAAUGUGUAAAUAGCCUCAGAGCCACCCUUACUAUUACUCCGAAGAACUGAUUGAAAAUGCGAAAAAUGUAUAGCGCACUUAUCUUUCAAAGAUAACAAUGCACCGAUGCAGCAAUUGCGCCAUUCCUCGUAAAGCAGAGACUCAUCAUUUACACAAAGAAGCACGCGUCAGUUUUUCAAUCUUCGAAGCUUCUUUCUGGUACUUAAGCGGAAGCUGUCUGUGAUACGAGCUGGAUUUUACUUUUCAAAUUUUUUGAAGGUCUUGUUUUCAGGUGACAAAUAUAAUUCUUACAAUAACUCACAAAACUAAAAUUACAGUACAGCUAAUUGUACUUGACAAUUUAAUGAAUAUCAUGCAAUUUUUUUAAGGCGGCUAUGACUUGAAAAUCGUUAUUUAGAAAAAAUUACACUCGCUUUGAAAUGUACUACAUAUUUUUGAAUAUUAUAUUGUUGAAAGGAGCAUUGUAUGUUUCAAUUAAUUUUUACUUUUUACUUACCGAGACAAAUAAGAAACAAAAGGUUCAACUUUUUUUGGCGACUUGAAAUUAAGUGGAAAUGAAAUAUUCUUCUAUCGCAAGCAAAUAAAAUAAUGGCUUAAGGAAUAGAGUGAAACUAUUGUCAACUAUAUUGUAAAUGUUACACAACGCAAUCGUACAAGUAAUACAUAUUUUACACGCUUGUGUGCUUACUGUUAUAUUUAUUUUCAUAGUAAAUUGUAUUAAAGUCGACCACUUUCUUUUGAGUUUACAGUACCUACCUAUUGUACCAAACAAUGGCGUCCGAUCCCUAAAAUUCUUCUUUUGUCUCCCUUGAGGUAGACAUAUUUUCUGUCAAUCACCUUGUAUUCUCUGUAAAAAUAAAUCCAAGAUAAAAAUAAAAAGGAAAUUAAUUAUA